AACUGCUCCUCCUUGGCGGCGGCUUCCUCGUCGAGACGGACUUUCUCCCGGUUAUCGAAGUUGUAGACAUUCCACUUCUUCUGCGGGAGGAUGUUCAGACCGCCGUGACCUCCCAUGAUUGCGGAGCUCAAGUCCAGAUGGAAAAAACCGAUUGCAGUGUGAAGUUAUAGAAAAGGAUCAAUGGGGACUCGGUCGAAUUUCUAUAAGAAUCCCUCUUAUGCGUACAACAAGAAAUUAAACCUCAAUUCCGUCCUUCAAAAUCUCAAUUCUUACAAUAUUGUCACCGGAAAUGCUCCUGCGGAAGAACCAGCCGCCACAGUGAAAAGAAAGCGACGCCGUGAGUCGAGGCCGCCGCCUGAUCAGCCGGAUGAAGUUAAAGACUAUGAUUGUCCCAUGUCCCACCAGGAGUAUAUUGAAAAACGCAGGAAGGAAGCUAAUGUUUCUCAACCUUACCAAGAGUUAACUGCUGAUGUGCUGGAAAGUUCAAAUUCAGCUUUAAAGUUGGUGGGGUACGAGAGCGAUGAAAGUACUUCUGCUGAUUGUGAAGAGGACCAAGGUACUUCAUUGGUUUCGGAAGAGCUCUCAAAUCCUAGCAGAAAACUGCAGUACUUUCCAGUUUCUGCUAGCACAGAGGAAGUUGAUCAUAUCAAGACACGAAAUGAGCAGAGGUAUCCUGCUCCAGGAGAACCUGUAUGCAUUAUAUGCGGAAAUUAUGGGGAGUACAUAUGCAAUGAGACUGAUGAUGAUAUAUGCAGCAUGGAGUGCAAAGCUGAACUUCUUCAGAGGAUUAAGUUCCAAAAGGAGCCCCAAAGUGAGCAACUCCAAGUUGCACCAUUAUCUGCACGUCGAUGUACAUUGGAGGUGCCUGAAUCUGGAGGGGACACUUGGGAUUAUGAUAGGCAUCGCUGGUCAAAGAAGAUAUCUGGGCUUUGCACUUAUGAAUGUUGGAAGUGUAAGAAGCCUGGGCAUCUUCCCGAAGACUGCUUGAUGUUGACAUCUAGUGAAUCCAGUGGAGCUGGCAAGGUUGCUAUGAUACAAAAUAGAUCCAAUACAGUAUCCAGAGAUCUUCUUGAUUUGUACAAAAGAUGCCACCAAAUUGGGAAGAAUUUCUUGAAUGCGAGGUGUAACACAUGUCGUGGAUCAACCACUUUGGCUGCUUGUCUAGGCUGUAAGAAUAACUUUUGUGAUUGUGCAGGUCAUCUGAGUGAACACAUUAGGGAAAAUCCAAUACAUCAACAAUAUUAUUCGUAUAAACUUAACCGUCUGGUUAAAUGCUGUAAGUCAACUUGCCGGGUGACUAGCAUCAAGGAUCUCUUAGCUUGUCACUAUUGUUUUGAUAAAGCAUUUGACAAGUUCUAUGAUAUGUACUCCGCAACGUGGAAACCAUCUGGACUAUCAAUCAUUUGGAAUUCUAUCUGCUGUGAAGAUCACUUUGAGUGGCAUCGGAUGAACUGUUUGAACGCGAAUGUAGAAGAUAAUGCAUAUAUUUUAAAGAAUAAAAAUGUCCGGGGCAAAAAAUGCGUGCAGCUGAGCGACUUCAUCUUUUGAAGUAGAAAUCAGUAGAUGUCCUGGAUUUACGAGUAGGAGACGUUGAAGAACCAGUUGUCUCAUGUAGUCUUUUAGAGGGGUGCUCGUUUCUUCAAGAUUAAAUUGGCAGGAGAUUACCGGAGAUUUUGUCAUUGGGGGAGGGCUAAGAUUCAUAAGACAAGAUUAAUCCUACGUGGCACUAUUCUGUGGCCGAAUCCAUCCAACGGAACAACAUAUCAUGAGAUUAAGUCCAUAGUCUGAUCCAUCAAACCAAACACUAAUUAGAAAGCUAUUGUGUCUCAUCAUUUUGUUGUAGUGUCUCGUCUAGAAGAUAAGGAAGGGUGAAAAUAUUCGGCCAUAGCUUUGGAGGAAUCAAGCGUAAUGCCAUUGUUAAGUACCACGUGAGCAAAAAGAUUGCUAUUCAAACUAUGACGGUUUAUAUCCUAAUUUUUUCUUCUGAUAUUUUGUAUUA